GACCAGUUCGCGUUCAACACUCACCCGGUGGAGACGGCUCGUUGUUGUUGCUGCUGCUGCUACAAGACUCGUUGAAGUCGGCAUCUUGGUCGCAGUCGUCACUUUGGAAAUCCUCGCCACAACUGGUGCAAUGUUGUUUAUGGUCACUGAAGAUAGCAACCAGUUUUUGGGCUAAUUUUAUGGCUGAACUGAAGAUGUGACGACGGAGAGAGCUAUAGCUUUCGACACACAUGCAUAUGCUAAUCCUUUAUUCUCUGAAUAGGUUCGUGAAAAGGAAAACAGAAAAUCGAAAGUGAGUGAAAUUUCCGAAAAGAAUUGCAUAUACUAAAGUGUUUGGAAACGGAAAAUUGUUACACUUCUCUUGUAGAGGUAGUCAGCGUGUGAACAAGAAAGGAAAGAAAAAAAGAGACGAGACGGGGCGGUAUGAUUUCGUGAUUUGUUUGGUUUUAGUUUUCGCAAGGCAGAAAAUUGAUCAGGCCGUUUAAAAAGAAGAACCCCGCUCGUCCGAUUGAAGAACCGAGAAAACAAGACAUAGCAAUAGCGUCAUCGGUUGUAUUUUUUCUGGUAAGCACCCAUCAUCAAGACACGCAGACGGAGUUACGACAGUUGCCAGCAUCGAAAUUGACGACGGUGCGACGUCCGUGGAAUACGUGAAAUUGUACUACGCUGCUGGGAAUGCUCUUCAAAGUUCAUGAACUUUUUGCAUAAGUUGCAAAAUCGCGACUGCGUAAAAAGCAAAACCAGCGAUGGAAUAAUGUAAACAUUUCUUGUCGUUAAACACGCACAAAAAAAAACGUCCAAAUAUUCAUUAGCUCUAAACCUGUCCACAUCUGUGGCGGUGAUCAAUAACAACGCAAAGUUAAGUGACCGGUGCAAAUAAGCGACGAACCCGUCAAACUAGGAAACACUGUCUACCAUACUGACGCACGCUCGUAAUAAUUACACACGAUGCCAGCCUAUGCCGGAUUUGAUAGCUUUGCGUCCUCGCGCAGGACCGCUGAAUCGAUCUACUACUCGGCGAAGGAGUUCGAUUCGGCCGACGAGUCGGACUGUAUGCGGCCACUACCGAUGCAAAUGUCGCGGCGACCCAGCCUGAUGGAAUCGCUCGGACCGGUCGACGCGAUCUUCAGCCGGCGUUAUGUCGAUCCAUGGGAUAUGGAGAACUACAUCUACGUCAGGAAACAAGUGCUGGACCCCACCUCGGAGUCCGAGGUGCCUCCAUCGCCGGCCGGUGAACCGAUCCAGUCCAAGUUCUACUACGUCCCAGGGGAUGUCGAAAGCUGCCUCGAGUGCAGUGCCGAGAUCGGUAGUCCCGUCAAGGUGGACCUACUGGACGACGAAGAUGAUCUCGGUGACGACGGGAUCGAUGACGAUCUGGAGGUGGACGAACUGGACGUGGUAGACGAGGAUGGGUUCUACACCGAACGGUACGAUACGGUCAUGGAGGAGGACAGCAUCGGAGGCGACGAUCUUGUCUACAGCACUUACACAGACCUGGAAACAUCAUCCACAGAACACCCCAGCUCGUGCGACAGUUCCAUGUCAGCCCUGCGAUUGCACACUCCUGGCUUUGGCAAGACUGCCACCAACCGACGGCCAAUCGUUCUACCGAAGCCAGUGCCCCAGCUUGAAUUCCCCGGUCCCCCGUCCUACGAUUACUAUGAACCCAGCUGUUGCUAUAUGCCUCUUCCCCCUCCCGUGCCCCCUCACCACAGCCACCCCAUUCCCCUGCUGGAGCAGCCAAGCCUUAUUCCGCCCAGCGGAAAUUACUACUCGCUGAACGAUUGCCUGGAGUGCGUCCGCCAAGAGGUCGAACAUGUGCCACUGUACGUCACCAGCCGCCAGAGUCCGAUGCGCCGACGUUCCCGCAGCGCCAGCGUAGUUAGCAUGAGCAUGGCGAGACGACCCAGCCAGAUUGGCAUCCCUCCAACUGUGGAUCCGUCCACUGCUGUAUCGAUCGCGGCCACCAACGCUAACACAUGUUACACACCGCAACAUUUCAGUCUUAGCAAGAAGGGCCUGUUGCAGAUCGACUACUCCUGCAACUGGGACAACCUGGACCGGUACAUUGCGAAAUGAACGCGGCAUUCCAGAGCGCUUUCUUCCCUCUACAUUGCAUCAACAUUGCUUCUUCUGUACCUACUAUUAUUGUAGCAAUCGCUCCACUCUCGAAAAAUGCUCAAUUUAUUUAAUAACCAAAUAAAUACUGAGAUAGAAUCCCUUUUCCUAGGAUAAGGAAGAAUGUAUUUAAGACAAGAUAUAUUGUGCUAAUAAUUGUUGUUACGAAGGUACACUGUGUAAAUAUGCGAACGGAAAAAAAAACUAGUUUUAGAAAGUCAAUAAAAUUGUUUAGAGGAAGGUUAUUUAAUAUUUGAAUAAA